CAAAGGCUUGAAGUAAGAACUUGCGAAGGGAUUUUCCUCCUGCUCACUUCAUGUUCAAAAUAGAGUCCUUCUCUUUACUCUCUGAGGCAGGGAUGGUAAGAUAUGAAACUGGUGAUUUUGAAGUUGGGGGCUACAAAUGGUGCUUGGCAUUAUAUCCAAAUGGUAAUAAAGAUGAGAAUGCAGAUGGCCAUGUCUCCCUUUAUUUGGUAAUCAAAGAGACAGAAAAGCUUCCAGCUUGUUGGGAUGUCAAUGCCAGUUUCAAAUUCUUUGUGUUUGAUCAAAUUCGAGACAAGUACUUGACCAUUGAAGGUGUUGAUGGUUCUUCAAAGCGAUUCAAUGUGAUAAAGACUGAAUGGGGAUUCUCUCAAUUACUCUCCAUCGAGUCUUUGAGGAAUGCAUCUAAUGGAUAUCUUGUUGGCGAUUCAUGCAUGUUUGGGGCAGAGGUUUUCAUUUCCAAAUCGAGUUUCAAAUUGGAGCAACUUUCCAUGAUUAAGUGCACUCGUGACAAUGUCAUAACUUGGAAGCUAAAAGAUUUUUCAAAGUUAAAUGAAAAAUAUUAUUACUCUGAAGUGUACUAUUUUGAAGAAUCAAAAUGGUACACCUUGCUCUAUUUGUGCAUUCAUACUUGUUGAUUGAAAAGGAGUAUUGCUCUAACAUAUUCUUCUGCGUACAUUUUCACCGAAUCCAGGAAGGUUAAGGUCUUUCCAAAAGGUUAUGGGCUUGCAAAGGGUAAGUCCCUUUCUCUCUACCUAUCGUUGGAAGAGUCUGGAAACAUUCUUCCUAACCAGAAGUUAUUCGUUGAAUUCAAGCUGCGUGUGAGGAACCAAAUUC